AUGUUCCACCAAGUGAAAGUCCCGGAAGAAGACCAGGCUGCAUUUCGGUUUCUCUACUGGACGCCUGGCAGUAUUUCAGCUCCUUUAACGUACCAGAUGACAGUUCACGUAUUUGGAGCAAUAUCAUCACGAACGAGCUGCAUCUUCGCCCUCAACAAGACGGUCGAUGACCACCGCAGCCAGUUUCCAGACGUAGCUGAUAGCGUUCGACGUAAUUUCUACGUCGACAAUUAUCUCGACUCCUUCGACUCCGAAGACGAGGUCAUCCAACGGUCCCGCGAAAUGAAGUCCCUUCUCCAGUUAGGAGGUUUCAAUUUUACAAAAUGGACGUCAUCAUCGAGAACGGUGAUCGCAGCGUUACGAGAAUUCGUCCUCGCGUCACCAACACUGGAUCUGGACUUGGAGAAACUCCCCGUCGAGAGAACUCUUGGAGUAACGUGGGGCAGCGAGCAAGAUAUGCUGACUUUCAAGAUUCGGAAGCCGCCAAACAACGUGACCCUCACGAAGCGAGCCUUCCUAAGCAUCAUCUCUACCGUCUAUGACCCGUUGGGACUUGUAGCACCAGUUAUCUUCGUGAUGAAGUCUUUGCUCCACGACAUCUGGACUAACGAAGAUCGGAUCGGUUGGGACGACGUCAUACCGGAAGCAUUGAGUCAACGUUUCUACUGUUGGAACGACCAUCUGGAAAAUUUGGAGUCUCUGUCAGGGCCGAGAUGUUUCCGUUUCAAACGAGGACGUUGGACUCAACAGUACCUUCACGUCUUCACGGAUGCAAGCUCCAAAGGGUACGGAGCGGUAGCCUAUUUCCGCACGGUAUUCGAAGAUUAG